GUCUUUUUGAAAUGCUUGAAUAUGAUUGGCGAGCAGCACAACACAUGGUAAAACAGCUUUACGAUAAGCAGGGGGGAGAAAGGUUCUAGAAAACAGCCACGAUAUCGAAUCUUUUUCCAUUUUUCGGUCUUAUCUUACAGAUUACGGGAUGAUUGAGGUGGUGUGUAACGAUCGUCUGGGGAAGAAAGUCCGGGUCAAGUGCAACCCAGACGACACCAUUGGAGACCUGAAGAAGCUCAUAGCGGCUCAAACAGGGACACGAUAUGACAAAAUAGUGUUAAAGAAAUGGUACACCAUAUUCAAGGACCACGUGUCUCUGGAUGACUAUGAAAUCCAUGAUGGGAUGAACCUGGAGUUGUAUUACCAGUAGAUUUCUGAAGCGCCCGGACCACGGAGAUCCACAUUAGGGCUGCACGAAAACGCAAAAUGGAAUAUCUGAUGUUGAAGUUUGAGAUCAUAUUUUUGAGUUAUUUUAGUAAAACUCUAAAUUUGCUUUGUUUACUGGUCAGUCUUUGUCAUAUUCAAAACUUAAAAGACUAAACCAGGACCAAAAGGAGAUCAUUCAAGCUAAAUAUGUUUUCACUAUGUUGAGUUAGAAUUUGUUGUCACAUUAUAGAUAGAGCUUUUUCCAAGAUGGCGAUAGUAAUUUGCUUUUAAAUCGUGCAGCCUUCCACCCCACACAUCCCUCUUCUGUCUUCUGUCCAUUUAUGUGUCAUUGGGCAAUACACAAAUACAUGAUGUCUGAACUGUGUCAUUUUUGUUUUGAUAUUUUUAAAUUAAAGUUGAUAUUUACCUAAA